UCGCAACCCCAACGUUGAGCACACAGUCGGACCAACUCGCAACCCCAACGCUCGCAACCCCGACCCACUCCGACGAACUCCCAACCCCGACCCACUCCGAAAAUGUCAAAGGGAACUGCACAUCUUAUAAUUCCAGUGUCGGACCAUUACACUGGCCGUGUCACAUGGCGCGGGGGUAGUUACUACUACCCGAAGAUUAAGGCUAAAUUUGAAGAAUUCAACCUAUUGGACAGGGUGAGGGAAUCCCCUUUCAAAAUUUUUUUCGAGAGAGCGCCCAUACAAUUUUCUGGAGCAUUUUUUCAUCAGUUGAUGCUUCACAAAAUAAAAUCUGACAAGCCGGACGAGGUGCAUUUCUAUGUGGGAAGGAAGAGAUGUAGAUUUGGGAGGGUGGAGUUCGGCUUGGUCACCGGGUUAAACUUGUUGCCCAGCCCUACUGAGGAAGACAUCAAACAAAAUGGAAGCUCUGACCGGUUGAUUCAGGAAUAUUUCAACGGUAGUGCUUCGAUAACCUUUGGCCAACUGCGUAGAGUUUUUGAGAGCUGCACAGAAGCUGAUGAUGUCUACAAGUUGGGGAUGGCCUUGUUUGUUAUGACCGUCCUCACUGGUAAGGAGGAGAAGACUGUCGUUCCUCCUUUUGUGAUAAGAAUGGUUGAUAACCUUCCAUUCUUCUACGAGUACCCCUGGGGAAAGAUUUCUUACACCAAGCUGAUGGAAACUUGUAACAAGGAUUACUUGGAUGUGAAGAAUAAGAUGUUGAAAAAGAUUGAGAAGGGAGUCACUUAGAAGGAGGCAAAAUACUCAGCCUACGGUUAUGCUGCAGCGUUGCAGUAUUGGGCAUACGAGGCCAUAUUACAGCUGGGCAACGAGUAUGCAGUGAGGAGGUCGCAUCACUUUCCGAGAAUGGUCAACUGGGAGAGUAAGCCGAACACUACACUCGGGAAGGAUGAAGUGACCAAAUUAUUUGCUAAAAAUGUAAGUUUGUUACGCUUUAUGUUGAAUUCAUGUUAAUUUCCAUAUAUUAUAUUAAUAUAUUUGUUAUAUUUUUCAGUUGACAGUGUACUCCAUGUUAUGUCCUCGGUAGAACGAGAUUGAGUUUGUGAGUUACAUAACCGGGGGUCAGCCUCCGUUAUUGGUUGACUUGGAGGAACUUGUGUUGGGUGAGGAUGGGCAACCAACACAGGAUGCUUUGCGAAGCCAGGCCGAAAAGCUUGCCUCCACAUUGGAAGAACGAGCGGAGGCAGCCCGAAUA